AUGGCUAUCGGGGAUUGUCCCACAAUAUCUAGCCAGGCCCUUCCUCCCGCAGAGUCAGCAACCUUUCUCAAGUCUUCGUUUUUCUCACGCAACGGACCGGGAGCUGAGCUGCCAUCCCCCGCGAACGUUCGUGAACAGGGCGCGGUACAGGACCCAGCGUCCAAGGGCCGUGACUUUGGUUUUCAACCUGUCCGUUAUGAACAGCUCGGCCUGAUUGUGAAGUACGGCCGCGCUCCUCAGGUUACGGUGGCUGAGGGCCAGUCGCUCUGGGCGCUUCGUCGCGUCUUGCCUGCCGUACCUGUCCCGGAAGUGUACGGCUGGACUCACGACAACGGUCAGGUAUUCAUCUAUAUGGAGCUGGUGAAGGGAGUUACCCUCGAGCAACGGUGGGAAUUUCUAGAUCAGACUGAGCGAGUAGAGAUUUGCGAGCAGCUUCGCGUUAUCAUUUUAGAACUGCGCAAAGUACGGCACGCACCGGGCGACUUUUUCCUUGAUCCUUAUCGCAAUAGUAUGCCAGAUGAUGCGGAAGUUGUCUUUACACACGCCGACCUCCAUCCAAGCAACAUCCUGGUUUCAGAAGAUUCCCCUUCUAAAAUUUCUGCGAUUAUUGACUGGCGACAGUCAGGAUGGUAUCCAGAUUACUGGGAGUUCUGUAAAGCCCAAUACACAGCUGAUGUUCAUGGCGAAUGGAUGAACGUGUAUAUAUCACUGUUUCUAAAUGAGCCUAGCUGUCUUGAAGCUUGGGAGUUUUAUGCCAGGUCAUUUGGAUACUAA